AUGAAUGCCUUUCACCUUCCAAACUUUUAUGUAGUUAUAUAUUUCAUUUUAAUAUUAAAUAAUCUAUUUUACACGAAAAAAGUGAAAAGAUUUACAAGUAGUAAUAAUACACUUGGCCAUUAUUAUGACAUUAAAAAGAAUGAAGAUAAAAAAAAGAGCUUACAUUUUAUUUUAAAUAAUGGGAUGUUAAUCAAAAGUACACGUAAGGGCAGGGUUAAGAGAAGCAUUUUAUAUGUUGAAAAUAUAAAAGACAUAUAUAUGCUUGUUGGUGGGCAUGUAAAAGUUAAAACUGGGUCUUUUAAAGAUUGUUGCGGGGUUAUACUAGAUCUAAAAAAAACAGUAAAAGAUGAAUAUGAAAUAUUAGUAGUAAUAAAUAGGGAUGAAUCUUAUAAAUACCCCAAAAGUAUUUUAAACAAAUUUGGAAAAAGUUAUUGGUUUAAUAUAAAAGAUAUUGAAAUUAAAAAAUUGAAGCAUUCCUUUUUUCAUAAUUAUGAUAAUUUUUAUGAUAAAAAGGAAAACAACCUUACUGAUGAUGUUCAAUCUGUGCAGGACAUUAAGACUCGUUUCAAAGAGUUAGACGAACAGUUGUUAAGUGGAGAUAAGAACAACUUAGAUGAUUUGAGUAGUGAAGCCGGAGAUCCGUUUGAUGAAAACGAACUGCUUGAUAAGAAUUCCGUGGACGGGCAGUUCGUCCGGAGAAUUCGCAAAAAAUUGACAGAAAAUUUGGGCGAUAAAUUGGGGCAAAAUGUUGGCACUAAAUUGAUGGAAAAUUUUGGCGAAAUGUUAUCAGAGAAUUUUGAUGGAGAAAUGACAGCAAAAUAUGAUGAUAUCGUGGAAACACAAUAUGAUAUCAAUGCGGAGGAAAAAAGCAGAGGAGAUGAUGAUAAGACAAACUGCACAGAUAUGAGCGAAGAGGGGACAUACAAUUCGGCAGUCCAGCUGUAUGAAAAUACAGAGGAAGAAAAAGUGGAUGGGGAGAAACAAAAAGAAUGGGUGAAACAAGAAUGGGCGAACGAAGGGGAGAAACAAGAAGGGGAGAAACAAGAAGGGGAGAAACAAGAAGGGGAGAAACAAGAAGAAGGGGAGAAACAAGAAGAAGAAAGGGAGAAGAAAGAACGAGAAGAAGAAGGGGAGAAGCAAAAAGGGGUGAAACAAGAAGAAGGGGAGAAGCAAAAAGGGGUGAAACAAGAAGAAGGGGAGAAGCAAAAAGGGGUGAAACAGGAAGAAGGAGCGAAACGUGAAAGAAAUGACCAAAUGGACCUAUUUGACCCAUUGUCUGAAAUAGUUCGCCUACGAGAAGACUACAUAAAGGGGGACAAGAAAAGAAAAAACACACAUAGCUCUUUUUGCCAUACUGUUGUAAAAGAAAUUGAGAAAAAUUAUGUAUACACAGAUUUGCUAAAUUUGUAUAAAAAUAAAAGACACUUAUCAAAUAUCGUUGUGUGUUUUUAUAUUUUAAAACAACUUGUGCGUAUUUAUAAUUUUGAAAAAGAUAAUGAAAAAUUAAAAAAUAAUUUUUUAAAAAAUGUUAUACAUAACAAUAAUUUUGAAAACAUAAUAACUGAUAUUAAAAAUUUCUUGGAAAGAAAAGAAAUUUACAGAGUUGUGGAUAAAACAUGGCUCUUGUGGACUUUGGUAAAAUUAAAUAUUCAUAAAGAAGAGAAAUAUAAAGAACAGUUUAAGAGCAUUUUAAAAUACAUUGUUAAAUAUAUAAAUUAUGGUAUAUUAAAAAAAUUAAACACAAAAAGUUUAUGUGCCAUUUUGUGGAGUUUGGCAAAAUGUUCAUACAAUAAUUUGAAAGUGUAUAAAAAACUUCUAUACUUUUUGGAAAAAUAUAUAAUUACCUUAACAUGUCAGGACAUUUCGAAUAUUUAUUACUCCUUGUCGUUAAUAAAUUAUAAUGACCAAUCCUUUUUUGAAUUAAUUGAACAGGAAAUAAACAAAAAAAUAAAUAAGUUUAGUGUACAAAGUCUUAUGAAUAUAUUAUGGGGAAUGGCAAAGCAGAAAAGAAGAAAUAACACCUUCAAUAUUGUGAAAGAUAAGCUGCUAUUUUACUCGACCAGUCUUGAUAUACGAAAUAUUAGCUUAUUUUUAUGGUGUUUAAACAAAAAUAAUUAUUACUCUGUGGACAUAAAUUUUGAAGGAAAGAAAUUUCAAGAUUUAAAUAUAAAACAAGCCAUGCAGUUGUUGUUAUUUUUUAAUUACAACAAAAAAAAAUAUUUGGAGUAUUUAAAAUAUGUUCUUCAUUUUUUAUUUCAAAAUAUUAGUGCCUUAACAAAUCAGGAAAUUUCUUUUUUUUCCUAUUCUUUAUCAAAAUUAAAUUUACUAAAUAAAAGUUUUUCCAAAAUGAAGACACAUAUUUUAAAAAGGGAUUAUAACACGUUCAAUUUAAUUGACGUAAAUAUGCUCCUUUUAUCACUCAAUAAUAGUAAUAUUUAUGACAAAACUGUAAUAAAUUUUUUGUUUCUUGCAUUAAAAAAUAUAUUAAAUGACGGCAUCAUAACCACAAUUAAUGAACAACAAAGCAACAGUGAAAUAUUAUUAACAGGUCAGGAAAAAAAAUUUACAAAUUUUAAUUUCAUAAUGAAAAAUUUAGCUGAAAUGAAAAUAUUUGACCAAGAUAUACUUCUUUAUUAUAUACUGUACUAUUCUCAUAAUUUUGCAAACAUAACCAUUGACGAACUUGCAGAUUAUAUGUAUUAUACAACCUCGAUAAAUAACCCAUAUGAGGGGGAAAGAUAUGAACGAAGUAAAUCAGGGAAAGAAGAUGCUGAGAAAGUUGGUAUUUCCGAAUGUCAGGAAAACAAUAACAUACAACUAGCCAUUAGUAGUGACAAAAUGAAACAGCUACUAAUCAGUGCAGGGGGGGAUGAACUGAAGCAAUUACUUAUCAAAAGUGACAAAUUAAAAUUGGAUGAAAGAGAUUUUCAAAAAGUUUAUUUACAUUAUUUGAACAAGAUAAUUUUAUUUUUAAGGGAAAAAAUGAUUAACUUUGAUGCACAUUCGUUUCUUGAACAUUUGAAUCGUCGGGAUGACGAGAAUAAAAAUGAUAUGGCAGGCAAAUCAAAAAACAAGAUAGAAACAUUUGUUUUUAAUUACCAGUCAGAUGACAGUGAAAAAGAUGUUAAAAAAUUAAAUGAGCUAUUUUUAGGAAAUGACCCGAACACUGUUAAUGUAAGUAGUUUAGAAAAUUUAACUUCUGAUCAAGAAUAUUCUGACUUUGUAAAUGAAAAAAAAAAUGAUCAACAAGAGAAAAUAGAAAACGAAAAAAAGCAUACACCAUUAUGUACAUCCAUUAAUUCAUUAUUACAUUUAUUUCAUUCUUUUUCAUUCAUUAACGCUUUUGAUAAGAGAAAAAUUGAUUCGUAUUUUGACAACUUAUACCAUGUUGUGAAUGAAAAGAAAAGCGAAAUUACAGCAUAUCAAUGGUUACUCAUUAAAGACAUCAUUAAGAUGGUUAAAAUAAAAAAUAAAAAGGAUUGGGAAAUUCUUUUGGACAAUGUAAAUACUUAUGUGAGUAACACUGAGGACGAUCAAAGGGACUACUUUGAGACCAUAAAUAUUGAUAUUUAA